GCUAUUUCUAUUCCUGUUCUCUUGCUCUUCAGCCAGAUGUCACCACCGCCCCGCAAGCCCCAGCGCCCUCAGUCUUGGAAGCUGGAAUCAGGUGAUUCCCAACCAGAAAGACUUCAGGGUCAACGCAUCCCCAGCUUGGGAACAUCUAAUAUGGCACAGUUAGGAUUCCCAGUCCUCCCCAUUCUCCUGGGUUUGACUUGGCCUCAGUUGGGAGCUGCCCAAGUUGCAAAUGACUGUGGCCAUUGCUACCAGAUCAAUCCAGGUACCAUUGCAGGAGUCGUGCUGGGAGAUUUGCUCCUGACUUUGCUCAUUGCUCUGGGAGUCUACUAUGUGGUCAGCUGUGUCUAUAAACGACAAGCAACCAGCAAUGACAAGACUCAGCAUGAAUCUCCCUAUGAGGAACUUCAAGGGCGGCGAAUGGAUAUAUACAGCGACUUGAAAAAUCCAGGUCCCCGAAUUCCUUAUAGAUAAUCUUCCUCCAUUGCCUUGGCCUUCUAGGCAUUAAGCAAGAAAUUCUGAAAUUGAAGUCAUCUUCAGUGGGUCAACUCAACUACUGUGUGCAAGUUUUCCACUGUGAACUUCUGUCUGAUUGCUUUCCCUAUAUAACAUCUUGCACUUCAAUCAUCACUUAGUUUAUUUUCAGAACUAUUUAUGUCCACCACUACCUAUACUUGUUUUUAUUGUUUUAAUAUGUUGUAUGUCACCUAGAGUUCCUUGGACAAUGGAGGUGGCUUAUAAAUUGAACAAAUAAGUAAAUAAAAAUAGACACAUUCAUAUUACUUGAAUCACCAUCAGUUUCACCCAUUGUUGGUUGAAGAGUUCUUCGGGAAACAUGAACUCACUACUCUCCAAACAAAGACAUUAUUUCAAAGUAUAUAGAUUCUGGUAUAGCAAUCUAGGUCACGUCCCAUCAGGCUCACAGUCCUAACUGAAUCUGAGUUGCCCCCAUAACCAUACAUCAAAGAAGGAUGUUCUACUACUCAGUUCCUAUUACUUUGCUCAGAAACAAAUAGGUCGAAUCCAGAUGCAGUUGUCUUUAGAUCAAUGGAAGUUACAUUAAUAGAAAUCAAUAGGGUCUUAAAUCUUAGUGAACUUGAUUUCAAUUAAGUUCAUUAAAUUCAGUUCCAAACCAAUAAUUUACACAACUCUUUAGGAUGCAGUCUUCUGGAAAGCCCACCUCAACCUGAAAUGCAUGGUUGUUACGGAAGAUACAUAAAUUGCUUUUACUAGAUUUAUUUAUUUAUUAACUUGUUCUGACAUAUAGUGAGUUUCAGGCCGAGGCAUUUCCCAUAACCUUCUUUUGAUCAGAGAGGCCAGCGAUUCAACCUUGAACCCCCAGCAUGAAAAGCAGAUGUUCUAUCACUGUGCUACAACUAGGGAAGGAGAACAUCUGAGAGAUGCUCAUUGCUCUUGCUUUUUUUUAAGUGUAUGGCUGAGAGUUAGGCAUACUGUUUGUGGAUUUGCUACUUCUAUUUCUUUUUUUUCUUUUUUUUUGCAUAUAAUUUGUUUAUAUUUUUUCAUCAAGUUAUUUUUUUCAUUCAAUAAAGUUUGCUUUGCCAUACUAUAGAGAAAAUCCGAUGCCUCUGAUUACUGUAAAGAGAAUGGCUGGAUUCCCACCUCAAGCUAAACUAGGGAUUACCAACACAUCUGACCUAUGAGUCUCCUAGAGGGCACGUAUUGAUUUCUCAAAUGCAAAAUUAAAAAUAAAACA